AUGCACUACGAUCAGAAUUUCCCCCGGUGCUGCCAAGCGCAGACGCCAGACCGGUUCGCCAGUUUUAGGCGACUCCCGGCUGAGAUCCGGAUGAUGAUCUGGGAGUAUGCGCUGCCGGAUGCUCGGGUCUAUGAGGUGCUGGAUGCGCCCAACGCGAAGCAAAAGACACCAGCGCAGCAGGGGCUGAUGUUUGCUAACGUGCACCCGGAACCGCCGCCGGCGCUGGCGGCAGUAUGUCAAGAGAGCCGCUAUUUUGUUCUCCGCCACUACAAACCCCUGACCCUCGGGACAACGACAAAAUUCGUUGACAUGGCGCGGGACAUGCUUCUGCUCGAGCCGUACCUCCUCGUCAAGCGGCUGCACCGUACGCUGCACUUCAUGAGCCAGAUUCCUCUGUUGCGCGACCACACCACCCGGCUCGCGCUCGGCACGUCGUAUGGGAUCUAUCCAGGCAUUUUCCACCCGGUGCUGGGCCGCAAAGUGUCCAAGAACAAUAUGAGCAAGCUUCUGUCCAUUCUGGGCAAGUUUCCGAAGCUCAAGACGCUCAUCUUCAUUGUGCACCAAGAGUUUCAGUUCGAUUUCGAUUUUUGCUUUCCGGGCACCAUGACGCCGAUUCCGAGUUACAACUCAGCGGCGACGGCAUCUCCGCCGGGCCUUGGCCUUGGGUCAGCACCUGGAUAUCGUCCCUCGCCGCCGGCCAGCAUCACCAGUGCUGCGACCAUCCCCCCGACAACCAGCAACAGCACGAUGCCUCACGUCCACCAAGCGUACCGCUUCAAGUUCGACAUUGAAGCAAACAUCAACAACGCCCGCGCGGCACCACACCUCCGUCCCCGCCACGCCAACGAGCUGCUGUACUACCCGCUGGACACGGGCGCAUUAUUGGGCCGGAGGGAGGGCGAGGACGACGACGACGACGAGAUGUGGGAUCUCAUGGCUGCUGCUGCUUCUGCUGCCGCUGGUGGUGGGGAACACGACGAGGAGGAGGAAGGGGAGUGGUGCGAUCCGUGGCCGACCAACGACGACUGGCGCAGGUUUCGGAGGAGGUUCCUCGGGGCUAUGGUCGCUGCUUCUUAUUCUUCGUCGUCGUCUUCUUCUUCAUCUUCAGCUGGUUCUGGUUCUGGUUCUUCUGCUGCGGUUGGAGGCGAGGGGUUGGAGGGUGGUGGUAGUGGUGGUGGUGGAGAGAAGUGGGAGAUUGUCGGUGGUACCAAUAGUAGUCAUAGUAGUGCUGGGUGGGGAGGGUAUAGGAGUAGCAGCAGCAACGUCGGGUCAGGUUGGAAAGGCUGCACUACUACUGGUACUACUAGUGGUGCGCUAGUAGGAGGAAUGGGAGGAGGAUGGGGGCCGGGGAGCGGGGUGACCAUGUUCGGGCCUGGUAGGGCGGGUUAUAGAGGGAGGGAGAAAGUUGCCGGGAGGGUGUUGCCGGGGCUGAAGUUGAAGGGGGCCAGCUUGCUGUGGAGGUACACCAGAGGGGGACAAGGGGUACAUUAG